UGGAGGAGGGACCUGGUCCCACCCUGGGCCACAGGAGGACCGGUAUGACCGGGGCCCGGCGGUGGGCCCCGUUGCUCCUGUGCCUGCUGCAGUCCGCUCCAGGGAGGCCCCAUCUGGCCCCUCCCCAGAACGUGACGCUGCUCUCCUGGAACUUCAGUGUGUACCUGACGUGGCUCCCAGGACCUGGCAAUCCCCAGAACAUGACCUAUUUUGUGGCCUAUCAAAGCUCUGCAACCCCCACAAAGUGGCGGAGAGUAAAAAAGUGUGCAAGAACCAAAGAUCUAGUGUGUUCUCUGAUGUGCCUGGAGAAACAAGACCUGUGCAACAAGUUCAAGGGGCGUGUGCAAGCGGUUUCUCCCAGAGCCAGGUCGCCCUGGGUGGAGUCCAAGUCCAUGGAUUACUUUUUUGAAGUGGAGCCAGCCCCACCUGUCCUGGUAUUCACCCGGACAGACGAGAUCCUGAGUGUCAAUGCCACGUACGAGCUGCCCCACUGCAUGCCCCAACCAGAUCUGAACUAUGAGGUGGCUUUCUGGAAAGAGGGGGCCAGGAAUAAGACCCCGUUUCCAGCCACUCCCCAUGGCCAGCCAGUCCAGAUUUCUCUCCAACCAGACACCAGCGGACACCACUGCCUCAGCGCCAGAACUAUCUACACCUUUGGCUACCCUAAAUACAGCGAGUUCUCUGAGCCCACCUGCUUCUUCCUGGAGGCCCCAGGAUCCAACUGGGCACUCCUGGUGCUGCUACCCCUUCUGCUGCCACUGCUGUUGGUCGUUGUCACAGGGCCUGUGAUCUGGAAGAGCUUCAGGGGGAACCCCUGGUUUCAUCAGGCAAAGAUGCCACAGGCCCUGGACCUCUCUGGACACAGACACCCCGGGGCAACCUUUCAACCCAGUGGCCCAGAGUGCCUGCAUGUCUUGAUCCUCUGUCCCCAAAAGGAGCUGACCAGACGGGUCAGGCUGACCCCUAGAGUCAGGGCCCCAGCCACCGUCCAGGCGGGAUCCGAGAAGGACAGCGCUGAAGGGGAGAAGCACGACAAGGAGAACACAGAUGAGGAGGACACGGACGAAGGUGUCAGCUUCCAGCCCUACACUGAGCUACCCCGCUUCCUGGGGCAGGAAGCCCAGAGCCCGGGGCAUGCUGAGGCGGGAGGGCCUUGGACUCCUCUGGUCCAGGUCGAAGGCUCCCCUGCUUGCGAUUCUUCAGACAGAAGCUGGGCCAGCGCUGCAGGCUCCUCCCCCUGGGACGGGGCUGGGUCUUCUGGCUACUUGGCCAAGAAGAGGCCAGGCCGAGGACCGGGUGGGAAGGAGCUCCAGAAGCCUCUCCCACCACCCGAAUUCUCCGAGGACUCGAGUUCCCUGGAAGAGCCCCCAAAAGACAACCCAUCCUCCUGGGUCAGCUGGGGCUUACCAUCGCCAGGGCUGAUUCUGGUCCCCAGGGAGCCCCCAGUUUCUCUUCAGACACUGACCUUCUGCUGGGACAGCAGCCCCGAGGAAGAGGAAGAGGAGGAGGAGGAGGAGGAAGAAGAGGGUGGGAGGGAAUCAGAAAGUGAGGACAGCGGUGGCGGCAGCUGCGGGGCUGAGAGCCUCCAGGGGAUUGAGGUCAGAGGUAGGACACUGGGGCACUACUUGGCCAGGUGAGCCGUCCCUCCCAGUCUGGUGCUGCUGAGCUCUCUGGGGACCCAGCAUGCCACCAAGACUUGAAAUCCUGGGAGCACCAUCGCUGGGGCAGCAGAGGGUUCUUACAGCACCUCGGGGAACCCAGCUAGAGGUGUCUGCCAGGUUGAGCAGUCAGAAGCCACCCCGUCCUGUGACCUGCCAGCUUUGGGCCGAGAGCCAAGAGGGGUGGAGACAGGGAUGGGCGGAGGUCAGAGGUUGGUUGCGUGUCAGACCACCCCACUGUCCCCGGGGUGACAGGCCAGUUGGAAAAGUCAUCCCUGCACAACAUGAAAGAGGCGAGGUCAGGUCACAGGGGACAUUGAAGGCUGACAGCACAAGGGCCCAUCUGGAUUUGGGGAGGGAAGAAAUCUGGAGGCACACCAAGUGUAGCAGGACUCAUGCCUUUCUGGAGAAAGGCACCCGCUGGGCUCCCUCCUCCCCGAGGCUCGGCAUCCUGAUUUCUGAGUCCCCUAGGGUGGGCCCCAGUGAAGAAAAAUCCAGUUGGCUGAGGGUGUUGGAGAGGAAGAGGAAGGGCAUGGUCCUUCAAAUCCCAGUCUCUGAGUCAUGCAUUGCACAGUUGCCAUUAUCAAAGAGGCCUGGGUCCAAAUCCCAGCUCUGCCAUUUCCCAGUUGUGUGGCCUUAGGGGAGAUACCUUCCUUCUCUGUACCCGAGUCUCCUUUCUACAGCUCCCACCUGGGGCACGGUGAGGGUUCCGACAGAGGCGUGUGAUGCCUGCCACACCAUUGGCACUCACCACGUGGUGGCUGGUAGGAUUCUCCAUCCACCCAGACGCUGAGGGGACCGCUGGGCAUCUCCCACCUGUGACCCUAAAUUCAGAGUGACUGGAGUUCUCACCUCUAGUCUUUCUCCUGCCUCCUGCUCUCACUGACCCCUGCCUCCUGGUCAGGAAACUGAGUUCUCAGAAGAUGGAGCCCAGCCAAGGGUCCCUCUCCCUUUUCCCAGCGAAGAAAAUACCAAAUGGCCCACCUUCUAGGGGGUCUGAUUCAUUGGUGGUGGGGUAGCAACCCAGCAGGGAGUCGGACCCCUGGGCCUGUGAUCCCCAUCUUAGCACUUCAGACCCUUUAGGUGACCAUUGUGGUUGUAAAGACAUCCCAUUUCCUCUUCCAGUUUUGAGAAACCACUGUCUUCUGGAAACAGGUGACUGUCCUUACCGGAGGGUAGUGAUGGAUGUUCUCAAACAACAGCUUUAUUAACCUACACCCACCAGUAUAUGGAUGAGCAGAGCUGAGUCUUCACUCGUUAGACCAAGGUUUGGUCAGUUUUGUGGCCCUGCAGGGACCAGAGGGAUCAGAACAAUCCUUGGCUCUGCCAUUUCACCUGCCAGGACUUAAGUUCCUCCAUUUGUGUAAAAAGCAUCUUCAUAAGCAUUUUAUCCACCGGGCUGUGCUGUUUUGAAGCCAACGCGAAGGUAGGACAUUAAUGAAAGAUCUGGAAAAGCUUCUCGAGGGCAUCUGGUCCAGGGGUUCUCAAACUGUGUUCCCAAAAGGCCUUGGGCUUCACGGGAGGCGUCUUAAUCUCAGGGGGAGCCGUGGGCUGUAGGAUCACCCCAGUGCAACCAGAGCAGCCUCCCUGGGCCCUGAUUUUCUCCAGUGGCCCUCUACGUAAGAUUGUGCUUAGGAGUUUCAACUGCUAAAGAAAACGUUAGCAAACCCCUUUUUAUUUUUUUUUUAUUUUUAUUUUUUAAAUUUAUUUAUUUUAUUUUUGGCUGUGUUGGGUCUUCGUUUCUGUGCGAGGGCUUCCUCUAGCUGUGGCAAGCGGGGGCCACUCUUCACCGCGGUGCGCGGGCCUCUCACUAUCGCGGCCUCUCUUGCUGCGGAGCACAGGCUCCAGACGCGCAGGCUCAGUAAUUGUGGCUCACGGGCCUAGUUGCUCCGCGGCAUGUGGGGUCCUCCCAGACCAGGGCUCGAACCCAUGUCCCCUGCGUUGGCAGGCAGAGUCUCAACCACUGCGCCACCAGGGAAGCCCGCAAACCCCUUUUUAAAUUGAACACCUGUCUUUUGUUUCAAACGAGGAAGCUAAAAUGUUGACUUACUGUGUACGUCUCUGAGGGUGAGAUUGUCGGUCUCUGGCCAGCUGGGCCAACCCCUGUUCCCUUGGCCAUGUAAACAGUACCGAGGUCUCGGCAAGGGUUUCCAAGGGGCACGAGGCUGGCAGGAGACCUUCACCACUCCUGGGACUCACACACAUACAUGCAUUUCUGCAGGGGUUUCCCUGCAAUGAGGCUUGUCCACAUCCAUGAUUGAGCACAGAAGAGGAAGAACAAACUGGAGCCAUGGAGCUGGGGAAGGCUGGGGCUCAGGGCCAGUUCCCAGGACAAUACCCAGACCAAGCCCAGCGUCCUUUCUGGAACCAGCCGAGCUGCUUCGUGGAAGUAAAUUCCAAAUAACUAAAAGCUAUCCUCACUAUUGUCUUAGGCUUGUGUGAAGGAACCGCUUUAUCUCUGUUCUGAAACCUUGUGUGUUUCUUAAGCAUUUUUUCAAAGUUUAAUUUCUGACAGAGGCUGAGCUUUCUAUUAAUUCUAAACUCCAGCUCCUUUAUGGUCAUUAAGUCAUAAACAAAAAACCGUGGGCAGCUUUAGGAAAGAGCAUGCUAUUCAAUAUUAUCAUUUGUCAGGUGUGCUCAGCACUGAACUGUUUACAAAGCCCUUUCACGUCCCCAAAAGCCAGGAACUGCAUAGUGGAAACUCCAGGGCCACGCAUGAAAGAUGUCAGGGGCAGAGCGGGUGAUGCCUGGGUGAAAGCAACAUUCCCAUUCUUUAGGGUAGUGAGGAGAGUAUAUAUUGUUCUAAGAUAUUUGUAGUUAUUUCUAAUUUUAUUUUAUGU